AUGACGGCAGCCCACACAGCCGCAUCGAACGUCAACAUCAACCUUGAGGCCCUCUUCGGACCCCAUGUGUCGUCAGGCACGCUGAUCGCUUCAGCGUCCGAUGCCAAUUUCUCUUCGGUUGUUGGGCCCCGAUGGUCGAGCUGGCAACCGCCCCAGUACUUUGGUGCGAUCAAGCCGGCAAAUGAGGCCGACCUCCAGGCAAUUAUCAAGAUUGCCAAGGCACACAAUGUGUCGUUCCACGCCACGACGAGCGGCCAUGGCACCAACAUGCAAUAUGGCAAGAUCAAAAAUGCGCUGAACAUCAACCUCGGCAACUUCAAGUCGGUCUCCAUCGACACUGCCAACAAUCGGCUGACCAUUGGGGGGGCCACAUCGUUUGGAGACGUGUUCGGCCCCUUGUGGGCAGCUGGGAAGGAAGUUCAGACCGGCAACAGCGUGUGCGUCGGCAUGGUUGGUGCCACCAUCGGAGGCGGCAUUGGCAGCAUGCAGGGCCUGCACGGGCUCAUGGUUGAUGCGCUGGAAUCCGUCCGCAUGGUCACGGCCUCGGGCGAGGUCGUGACCGCAUCCGAGACGGAGAACCCGGAUCUCUUCUGGGCGGUCCGCGGCGCGGGAGCCAACUUUGGCAUCAUCACGUCGGCGACCUACCGCGUGUUCGAUCAGACAGCAAAUGGCAGUGCCAUUCUGGCCGAGUUUGUCUAUCCGGCCGCGGCCAACCGGUCCGUGUGGGAGCUGCUCCAGUCCUACGACAACAACCUGCCGCGCCCGCUCGCGCUGUUCCCUGAGGUGGGCUACAACCGGACCACCAACGAGCCCAUGGUCCUCUACGUCGCCAUCUACUUUGGUACCCUCGAGGAGGCCCAGCCGCACUUCGACAAGGCGCGCGCCCUCGGCCCCGUCUCGACCACAAUCGUCAAUACCACGGCCCCCGGCGUGUACACCAUGCUCUCCCAGGGCGUGUGUGACAACGGCAACUACCAAAACGAGUACACAGUUGGCCUUCAGCACACCGACGUCGCCACCAUGGAGGACGUUUUCGCCGACAUGGUAGCCUUCUACGAGGCCAACCCCGAGUACAACGGCAAGGUCAUUUACCAGCGGUACAGCAACGAAGUGGCCCUCCAGACACCAGUGGCCAAGACGGCAUAUCCGUGGAGAGACAUCAAAACCUACCUGCUUUUCGAGAACAUUUACACCAACCCUGCGCUCGACGAUGCCGUCACGAGCUUCUCGGAGAAAAUCCGCGACAAGAUUCAGGCCACCAGCGGGUAUCCGAACCGGCGCGUCUACCUCAACUACGACCACGGGGACGAGGGCCCGGCCGCGUGGUGGGGGGCUGAUCACCUGCGCAAGCUCCGGGCGCUCAAGGCCAAAUGGGAUCCCGAUAACCUGUUUGGAAAGGGUGCUCCAAUGAAUUGA